GGCAGCCAUCGCGCCGACGGGGUUGGCAGCGGCAGCGGCGGCGGCGGCGGCGGCGGCGGCAGCGGCAGCAGCCGGGGUGUCUCGCUCUCCGCCGGCAGGCCCUUUAAGAUCUGGAUAUGUCCUUCAUAUUUGAUUGGAUUUACAGUGGUUUCAGCAGUGUACUACAGUUUUUAGGACUGUACAAGAAGUCUGGAAAGCUAGUAUUUCUGGGAUUGGACAAUGCUGGAAAAACAACAUUACUCCACAUGCUGAAAGAUGACAGACUUGGACAGUAUGUCCCUACAUUACAUCCCACUUCAGAAGAGCUGACGAUUGCUGGAAUGACUUUCACUACCUUCGAUCUGGGUGGCCAUGUCCAAGCUCGCAGGGUUUGGAAAAACUACCUGCCAGCCAUCAACGGCAUUGUGUUUUUGGUGGACUGUGCGGAUCACGAUCGGCUGCUGGAGUCCAAACAGGAACUUGAUUCACUAAUGACCGACGAAACAAUUGCUAAUGUGCCUAUCCUAAUUCUUGGAAACAAGAUCGACAGACCCGAAGCCGUUAGCGAAGAGAGGUUACGGGAGUUGUUUGGUCUGUAUGGACACACAACAGGAAAGGGCAGUGUUUCGUUGAAAGAGCUGAAUGCCAGGCCCUUAGAAGUCUUCAUGUGCAGCGUGCUAAAGAGGCAAGGCUACGGAGAAGGCUUCCGAUGGGUCGCCCAGUACAUCGAUUAAUGCCAAGUUUACACCGGGUCUGAGUUUAAAACCCGCUCAGUUGUCUGAUCACUUAGCAUACAUCACCUGAAUUCAAUAGACUUUUGUUGGUUAUGAAGCAUAAUAUUUUUUAGAUUGUUAAUAUAUCAUAGUUAAUUUGUGAGGAUUGAAAACUGAUUUCAGGUUAGUAUAAAGAUUACAAGGUUUCCUUUCUAAUCUCAUGAAAUAUUUUGUGCUCUUGGGGCGUUUUCUAAUUUGACUUUAGCACCCGGCACCAUCUAUGGGCAGAGGGGGCUUUCCAGUUCAGUGUGUUGAAAUGCACUUUUUAACAGCUCAAUUCUACAGAUCUGUGAAUGAUAUUUAAUGCUCAUCAUGUUAAAUUUUUUUAUUGUGUUCUUUUUUGGAACCGGUUUUAUAAAUUUAGAUGAAAUAACCACCUGUCUUUAAGGUAUAGUUAAUAAUUAGCUUAUUAAUUGCAUGAUGCCUUACAGUUUUCAAAAAUAUUCUUUCUUAUGCAACGUCAUGCAAUAAAACAAAAUCUAAUUUUUGGUGAAUUACUGGGAAACAUUUCAUUUUCAUGGGUCUGACCUAGUGAAGAUAUCCUAGAAAUAUGAGGAUGUGGGCUGUUCAGUGAAACAGAGACAAAAGCUGAACUUUUUGCAUUUGUUAAGGUGGCUUGUGACUGUUUGCUCUUUGAGACUCCAGGCUAUUUCUUAUUCGUCACUCUCACUUCAAUAAAGAAUUAAUGCCAGUAA